AACGCGAUGUUGUUCUUGCCUGGUGUGGCGGCCGCGGUGGCCAUUGUCGCCGCCGAUGAAAGCAGCGCAGGAGGAUAUGCGAGCUGCAUGAAUAGCAACGUUUGCAUGCCCAUCAGCGACAUCCCAGUUUGGUGGGUGUGCAUGCAGGGCAAGGCCCCUGAGUACUUGAUCCUUGCCGGUGCCAUGAUCUUCUUUGCAACGUUCUUGCCGCGCGUGCUGCUGAGCUUCAUGCUGUUCAUCCUGAGCAAGUUUCCCUUUGUCCGUGAAAUCGUCGACGACUAUGUCAAAUUCUGCACGACGUCGACGACAUACCUUCUCAGCGCGUCGUUGUGCAUGGGAGCGACGAUUGUCGCCCUCUUGUCGCCGUACUUGUGCCGCUUCCACAUUUACGUUUGGGGCAUCUUCUUCCUCAUGUGGAUCUAUUCGGUGUUCAACGUGAUUGAUCGGCUCGCGGUCCGUCGGUUUGGUGGGAAGGCCGACAACUCGAAGAAAGUCGUGAUUUCCGAGUCGAUCAAGUUGCUGCGACUGCUCGUGCUCGUGAUAGCGUCCAUGUACAUUUACUUGCAAAUGUGGCAAGACCAGUCCUUGCUCAAGUAUUCGUUUCUUGGCAUGAUUGGCGGCGCGAUUGCCCUUGGGUUUGCCGGCGCGACGCACAAUGCGGUCGGCGGGCUCUACCUCGUUCUGAACGCGCCAUUUCGCGUCGACGAAUUCAUUCAAGUCGGCCAAGUCCAAGGCCACGUCCAGCGCGUCGCGCUGCGCUUUACCGUCGUUCUUGGGCUCGACCGCACCAAGAUCUUUGUCCCCAACAGCUAUUUUCUCUACAAACCGAUGGUCAAUUUCUCGCAACGGCCGAAGCGGCAAAUCGCCCUCGAUAUCCACGUGCACCCGCACACGUCCGUGGCGGUGCUGGAAACCCUCGUGCGCGACCUCCACGUGAUGCUCCAGUCGCGGCACAUGGGCCUCACCUCCCACGACGACUACAACGGUCCCGCGGACAAGGCCAAGUUUUGCUUUGUCACGAUGGACGCGCUGUACUCGAUUCGGUUGUACACGUACACGGACGAGCUGGACGCGAAAAAGCACGCGAUGAUCAGGUCUGAGGUCUGGCUCGCCGCAAUGGAGAUCAUGGAAGACCUUGGCGUCGUCACCGUGCCGUCGGCGCACUCCCCAGACCACGACAAACCAGCGCGGGACGACCAAGAGCAUGGGCCGUGCGCGGCCGAGUACGGGUUCGUACUGUGAGACACACCACCCGAGAAUACACACGAGUGGGUGGCAAGCAGGACGUACAUGUGCCCGGGGACCGCGCAUCGUUGGGCGGCCCCCGGGACGAAGCAAGCAAGCGUGGCCACUGAACGAGCGGUGCUUGCCAUGGCGAAUUCCAUGACGGUGGAUAAUUGUCAUGUAAUUGUUGGGAGGAACGUUGGUGUU